CAAUAUACCGCACGUAUAACGUAGCUGUAUAGGUUAAUUAGAUCGCUGGGAAUCUAAUCAAUAGUGUAUGAAUGACCACGUCUUACUGGCGACCACCUGAAUUUACACGGCUUGAUCGACAUUUUCCUACCAACCAUUAUGUCUUAAUCUCAAGAAUCUUAACGAGAAUUAAGACAACAAAUAAACACCGGACAUAUCUAGCAGCAUGCAGGAGAAAAUCCACCAUGAAGAGUACUGGAUAUCAGGAAGUAUUAGGGACACCCAGUUUGAGGACCUAUAUACAAUUGGCACAGAACUGGGAAGGGGGACAAGUGCGGUGGUAUACAGAUGUGAGCACGUUGGAACUAAAAAGGCGUAUGCAGUGAAGAAAAUCCCUAAACAGAAAAACCGGAAAGUGGUACCAGCAGAUGUUGGAAACCUCCUACACAUAAGACAUCCCAAUGUUAUACACAUCACAGAACUGUACGAGACGAAGACCCAUAUCUACCUGAUGAUGGAGCUUGUCACCGGGGGAGAACUUUUUGACAGAAUCGUUGCCCGAGGUUCCUUCUCAGAAAAAGAUGCAGCCGAAGCCAUGAGGGAUAUAUUGAGAGCACUUAAGUGCAUGCACGAUAAUGGAGUGGUCCACUUUGACGUGAAGCCUGAAAAUCUUCUGUAUGAAAGCAACAAAGACCAUUCAAAACUGAAAUUAGCCGACUUCGCUCUGCACCGUAUAAUAGCUGGUGAUGUGAGAUCUAACUCUGUCUGCGAGUCACCGGGAUACGUUCGUAAACUAUGCGGUGUUGAACCAUUCGAAAGCGUAAAUCAUGAUGUUGGCGAGAUAUACAAGAAAAUUCUCAAAGUAGAUUACAAGUUUGAUCCGACAGUCUGGUCGAAAAUAAGCGAAAAUGCAAAGGAUUUUAUUACAAGAUUAUUACAAAAAGAUCCCAGGAAGAGAUUGUCAGUAGACGCAGCUCUCCGACACCCUUGGGUAAUUGGCACGGCCGCAAAAGGUGACCAUCUCAUCGAAACCCAGGAGAAAAUCCGAGAGUUUAACGCCAGAAGGAGGUUGAAGGCUGCAGUGGGAGGGGUUCUCUUCGCAUCCAAAGCUGCUAGGAUGAUGAGCAACAUGAGGGCAAGUGUGACAAUACAGGUGGACAACAACCAGAUAUCUACAGACGCAUAGACAGUGUAUUGCCGGAAUAAUUGGCCGAUAAACAUCGACAGUUUGAGUGGGGCACGACACCAAAACAGUUUGACUGGUACAAUAUACCAAGACACUUUGACCAAGACAGUUUAACGGGGACACGACACAAGGACAGUUUGGCCGAAACACGUCAACAAGACCGUUGGUCGAUACAUUUAGACCGAUUCAAAUGGACAAUUCGACGAAGACAGUUUGAAAGAGAUACAACGUACAAACAAACGGCCGAAAUACCCUACAACGAAAUACAGUUUUGCAGAGACACAUCAAUGAGUCAGUUUAUCGGAACACAAAGGCAAUUUGGUUGAGACACAGAUACAUGUGAUUGUUUUAAAAUACGUGUAAAAUUUGGCUGAUACAUCUCUCUACAGAGAGUCUACAGAUGAUGGGCCUAGAACAAGCACGUCGAGACACACCUUAUCUAUUAAACGUGUUACUAAGAUAAUUCAAAUGAAAAGUAAAGUACAUCAAAUGUAAAUGUAAUAUGUAAAUAUAUCAAAAUAAAAGUGUGUUUUUUUUAAAUACGCUAU